UCCCCCAACACCAUAUUUAGCCUUCAAAUUUCCAUUCACCACCCAAAACAUCACCUCUCUCUCUCUAAACGCACCAAAUCAAACCACCACCUUCAUCUCCUCCGCCGCCACAACCACCUCCUAACGCCAAAUAUUGCCGCAUUCUGCUACAAAACCUACAUUCUCAUAACGUUGUGCAUACUGUGUCACAUUUUUCGUUACAAUAUUUAUAACCCUAAUGCCUGCAUUACGAGUUGAUCAACUCAACCAGCUACGAGACAUCUUUGCCAGAUUCGACAUGGACUCUGACGGCAGCCUCACCAUCUUGGAGCUUGCCGCUCUCCUCCGCUCGCUCGGCCUUAAGCCCUCGGGGGACCAAAUCCACGUCCUCCUAGCCAACAUGGACGCAAACGGCAAUGGUUCCGUGGAGUUCGACGAGUUGGUCAGUGCCAUAUUGCCCGAUAUGAACGAGGAGAUUUUGGUAAACCAAGAGCAACUCUUGGAGGUUUUUCGCUCUUUUGAUCGUGACGGUAAUGGGUACAUAACUGCGGCAGAGCUGGCAGGGUCCAUGGCGAAAAUGGGACAACCGUUGACGUAUAAGGAGCUGACGGAGAUGAUCAAAGAGGCUGAUACGGAUGGAGAUGGUGUCAUUAGCUUCAAUGAAUUUUCUACAAUAAUGGCGAAAUCGGCAUCGAGUUUUCUAGGCCUUGCUCCCUCAUGACCUGAGGUUUGGAUAGAAAUCUGAUGAUACAUGCCAAGUUUUUUUGGCCUUGUAACAUGUUCAUCUCUAUUGAAUUUUCCAAGCAAACAAUGUAGAUUUUGAUAUGAUUUUGUUUAAUUUCUAACCACAAAACUAAAUAAUCAGAGUACUAUUUAUUUUCUUAAUACAUUUCAUUAAUUGUUGUAUUUUGUUGCUGUUAGUUUUAUGUAUGCUUCACUGCAAGCAUUUUUUAUUGUUAGAAAAUGCUUUUAGCGCUUCUAGAAGCGUCUCAAAUGUACGCUAAUCCUUCAUUGGAUUUGUAUAAAGAAUACAUUCGUUGAAACCUCCAUGUGGAAUAGGAAGAAGGUUGCAAUUGGAGAAAACUCCAGA